CGAUUUUCUCAGAUUAUCCUUUCUGUAGGGCCGACACGAUACAUGCCUGUAAUUUUCCUGCCCAUCUUUCUGUAUCUUUGUUCCACGUUUAUCCAUGUGGCAGACAGCGUCUCCACCAGGCACCGUGGCUGUCCAUUGCUUGUACACGUACGGACGGCUGUAGACCGAUGCAUAAUCACCAGAAUGCCCUGUUGUUACACGUCGCCUAUGUUUGACUGGGACGGUUGUUUCCUUGGGUGUACCACCAACUGUUUCACGGAUUUGAACCCUAAGUUGUGUAACGUCUGCCGCAGCCCCGAGAUACGAACGUGUUUCAUGGGAAACUCGACAUGUCAAGCAGUGGCCCAUUAUCAUGUGGAACCUAACGCCACCUUUGGCUGUUUUCAACGCUGCAAAUUAGAAUGUUAGUCUUGAUGUACAUUACAAGUAAUUAAAAUUGCCAGCAUAUUUAAAA